GAGCCCUUGCGCCGCGCCUGCGCAGUGGCCCGGCCCGGCGCCCUCGCUCAGCAGCAGCAGCCUCAUCAUCAUCAUGGCGGAGCCCCGAGACAAGGCGCUGCAGGACUACCGCAAGAAGCUGCUGGAGCACAAGGAGAUCGACGGGCGCCUCAAGGAGCUAAGAGAGCAGCUGAAGGAGCUUACCAAGCAGUAUGAAAAGUCUGAAAAUGAUCUCAAGGCUCUGCAGAGUGUUGGGCAGAUUGUUGGUGAGGUUCUUAAACAGUUAACAGAAGAGAAAUUCAUUGUCAAAGCUACAAACGGACCAAGGUAUGUCGUUGGCUGCCGUCGUCAGCUUGAUAAAAGUAAGCUAAAGCCUGGGACAAGAGUGGCGCUGGAUAUGACCACCCUGACGAUUAUGAGAUAUUUGCCAAGAGAAGUUGACCCUCUGGUUUAUAACAUGUCUCAUGAAGAUCCUGGAAAUGUAUCUUAUUCUGAGAUUGGAGGACUGUCGGAACAAAUUCGGGAGCUCAGAGAGGUUAUAGAGUUGCCGCUUACAAAUCCAGAAUUAUUCCAGCGUGUGGGGAUUAUCCCUCCCAAAGGUUGCUUGCUCUAUGGCCCACCAGGUACAGGGAAAACUCUGUUGGCCAGAGCGGUUGCCAGCCAGCUGGACUGCAAUUUCCUAAAGGUUGUGUCCAGUUCCAUUGUAGACAAAUACAUUGGCGAGAGCGCCCGGCUGAUCCGAGAGAUGUUCAACUAUGCCAGGGAUCACCAGCCCUGCAUCAUCUUCAUGGAUGAAAUUGAUGCAAUUGGUGGUCGUCGUUUUUCCGAGGGGACUUCAGCUGACAGAGAGAUUCAGAGAACUCUAAUGGAGUUACUGAAUCAAAUGGAUGGAUUUGACACGCUGCAUAGAGUUAAAAUGAUCAUGGCUACAAAUAGACCAGAUACCUUAGAUCCAGCAUUGUUGCGUCCUGGGAGACUGGACAGAAAAAUCCAUAUUGACUUGCCAAAUGAACAAGCCAGAUUAGACAUCCUGAAGAUCCAUGCUGGACCUAUAACUAAACAUGGUGAAAUAGAUUAUGAAGCAAUUGUGAAGCUUUCUGAUGGCUUUAAUGGUGCCGACCUGAGAAAUGUUUGUACUGAAGCAGGUAUGUUUGCCAUUCGGGCUGAUCAUGACUAUGUAGUGCAAGAAGACUUCAUGAAGGCCGUUAGGAAAGUUGCGGAUUCCAAGAAGCUGGAGUCUAAGUUGGACUACAAACCUGUCUAAAUGGACCCCCGUGGUAAAAGGCUGGCUGACUGCAUGGGAGAUCUGGGGCUUCGUAGGUGAAAUGAGAAACAAAAGUAUCCCUUGAUUGUGUUUAUUGCAAGUGUCCGUAUUACAUCGGUGAGCUGAGCUAGCCCGCUGUUAAUGUAGUUCUGAGCCUGCUGCAGAGAGCAUGUUGCAUUCUGAAAAUGGCUCUGAGCCCCCACAUGGCCUUCAUUGCAAUCCCACUUAAGUGCAGAGUAAAACAUGUUCUCGUAUGGUGACUUUAUAAGCAUACCAAACUGGCAUCAUUUGGAAGAUUUUAUGACUGUGUAUUUCUUAUUUUAUAUCAUUUAAUACAUUUUCCUUCCUUUAAACAGUUAAAUAAAACUUGUUUAAAUCCAG